AUGUCAGUCCUGUCGUCGAGUGAAGAAGAACAGUCCCUUGGGGUCCAUAUCGCGGAUAUGGAUAUGGAGGAUGAGGCGGAUUAUCGCAGCCCGUUGUUUGAGAAGUAUGGGGCGGAGAUAGGAGAGGAGGAGGUUUUGGAGGAGGAGGACUUGUUGAAGAAGGCGGAUGGAGAGGUCUCGAGUAAGGAUAGGAAGCAGCUCUGGCUAAUCUACUCGUUGCAUUUGGCGGAAGCUAUUGUUGCAUCGAGUCUUCAACCGCAGCUAUAUAUCCUUCUUCGUGAUAGCCAGCUGUGUGGAAGCGUCAACUCUGCAUACUGGACUGGCUUGGUUGAGACGGUUUUUGCUCUUGGUUCAAUUGCGGGGCUUUACUGGGGAUGGAUGGGAGACAAGUUGGGCCGACGACCUGUCGCCCUAGUUGGAAUGUUGGGAUUGUCAGUAUCAUGUGUAGUCAUGGGCUUUAGCAACGGUCUGUUGAGCUGUUGCUUGAUCCGCGCGUUUGGCGGGCUCAUGAGCUCUUCGAUCCGUGUGUCCACAGCGACCAUGAUUGGAGAUGUCAGCGAGACGUCAAGCGCGAAGGCUCGCAACUUCUCCAGACUACCCCUUGUGGCUACAGGUGGUGUUAUUGGACCUCUUAUCCAGGCACUUCUUGCUCAUCGUUUCUCGUCCGAAAAUGAGAUUUGGAAGAGAUUCCCUAUUCUGAGCUCCCAGCUAGCUUGCGCAAGUUUGAUGUUUAUCAUUUUCCUCAUCAAUUUGACUCUACCAAGCACCACUGCUGCCGAGAAUCUCGAUGAGGAAACGCAACCGUUGUACGGUCGCCGCAGCGAUUCGUCUGACUUCUUGACCGAGAAGGACACUUUCCUUGGCCAAUCAGAGACGACGUUGGCGACGCCGUGCCGCAGAACCACGUUUUUCAAGAACGACAGACCGGACCCCAUGAGAUUUAGUGAGAUUAUGAAGGCGCCAUCGUUGAUGAUCCUCUUAUGCUCCUAUUCUUUCCUUUCGCUUCACUCGGCAUCUUUUGACCAACUACUGCCACUCCUUGGCAACUCACCGACCGAACACGGUGGACUUGGGCUGCCUUGCUUCUUCCUGUCAUUCGCUGUUUUGUUCGCCGGUAUCGCUGCCGGUACAGUCAUCUAUUUAGGGUUCGCCAAAUCGGUGCAACGGUUAGGAUUACUGAGACUCUAUCGCCUAUGCUGCUGGGUCUUCCCCUUGAUCUACAUUGCGACACCUCUCGUGUCUAAGGUCGCCCGGAGUUCUGAGAUCGCAGUAUGGGUUUCAUCUGCGAGCUCAAUUUUCACAAAGACACUAGUUACUGGAUUUGCACAAACACUUGUCGCAUUUCUCGUCACAAAUGCUAGCCCUGAUGCAUACAGCCUUGGAAGCAUUAUGGGCUUCAUGCAGGGUGCGACUGCGUUCCGGUCUCUUGCGGUUGCAGGGACUGGGGUUGCCUUCUCGCUCAGCGAUGAUGUCUCGAUCGAGACGACAAACUACAGCCUAUGGGCAGCGAUGACCAUCAUCUCGCUCGGCGGCGCUGCUGUUGCAUACUUUGUGAGGGACCACCCUACCGUUAGGGACUAUGAGUCGAGUCUCAAGUGGGAGGUCUGCUAUGAGAGCACCGAGGAUCUUUCUCUAUAG